AUGUGUUUUCGCCUGGUGUCGGCCGUGCUGUGCAGGUUGCUGCGAUGCAACGGCAGUCUACCUAUUCCAAUAGAGGCUGGUAGAAGUUCGGGAUGGGUUACAGGACGAGUACACUCGAAGUGGCAAGGGUCGAUCCUGAAGAGCGAAGUACCAGACCAAGGGAAGUUGGGCCCCGGAACUAAGACUGCACCCACUGCUGUAGCGUCUGCUGAGAGCCGCCUUGACUCGUCCACAGAACCCGGACCAGUACGAUCAGCUGAACAUAGCCAGCAGAACACUAGACAGACACCCCGGAAACAGCACAUUGACGACGGCAUGUACCCUAUGAACGAAGCCUGGCAGGCGCUAUCGUACAUCAAAAAAGCGGGCCUGUGGGGAUUCCCUUACACCUUCGACCAAUGGAUAAUGAAGGGCAUGGAACUUGGGGGUCUUCCCCUACCAUACGCCGCACUGCGUGGUAUGGAAUGA